AUGCCCCCGAAGUCGGCUCGCACCGACCUACAAUACCGGACGGUUCGACUAGCGACAUUUGUAGAUGGGGCUCUUAUAGGAAACUCUAAAUCCCUGAGAAAAUGGCGCCAUCGCACCCUCGAUGCCAACCACAUGGCCGACUCAGGAUUCUAUUAUACACCCACAAGAGCAACUUUAGAUCAAGUGACUUGCUUUUGGUGUGGUAAGAGAGAAAAUAACUAUGGAGAUAUCGAUUCGAUUUGUGAGCUACAUCAUCAGAAUCACCCCCUAUGCCCAUACUCCAGGAUCACAAUGUGGCUCGAAAGAUUCUUGAAAGAAGGUGACAAGACAAAGUUUUGGCCCAGCGUAGCUCAGAAAGCUGGCAGUGCUUUUGCAGAUCCAUUCUCCAGCGAAUCGAUCGAACUACGAGUGAGCACCUUCAAGACUUUGUGGAAAUUGGACUCAAGUCCGAAUUCGAAUGUCACCAGUCGUCAAUUAGCAGAAGCGGGCUUCUACUACUCCCCAGUCGAAACAGAUGAUGACCGAGUCAUUUGUAUGUACUGUGACUGUCCCCUCCUGGAUUGGAGUGUUGAUGAUGAUCCAAUGAACGAGCACAUUAAGAAUAGAUUCGAGUAUUGUUACUUCCUAGAGAAAUAUCAAGAGCAGAGAAAUGCGCAUAAUACAAAAGACGCGGUGCUCACACAAAAAACCAGCACAGCACUGGAGAAGACAUCCUCCAUUCUCCCGACCGAGACCACAACAUCACUGAAAGGUGAUGAGCCUGUCAAGGACGCUUUUGACUUUUCAAUAGAAGAAUUGCAAGACCAUGAGCGUGGUACCAUUUUCGAGGGCAAGGAUUUUCUACCUAAGCGCUUUAGUCGUCGACUGAAGCAAGAUCAACGAAAAACAGAAUUGCUGCGGCAACCCAAAAAGAGCAUGCGUUCAGAAUCACCAGAAAGAACUUCAUUCCUGUGGAAAAAAUCAACAGAGCUGCGGCUAACUGUUCAAGAGGAGAUUGAGCAUUCGAAAGCAAAACCCGAAGAUAAUCUCGGCACUAUUUCUGAGAGUCUGAAAUCAGUGUUUACUUCUAACAGUCAAAAGAGCUAUGAAGAGUCUGCAUCAGAGAAUACAUCUGAACAUGAUUCACCUGAAAAGCUCGAUUCGGACCCAUCUUUUCAUAUAAAUGACUCUCACUCAAGUAUUCCUGAGAAGCGAAACAAUUCAAUUGUCAAGCCUCUGACACCUGCUUCAAAAAAACGGAAAACUCAGGUGUCCAAAAAAAGAGUGUCUCAAUUUGAUGACGAUGAUGAUUUCGGUAUGACAGAAAACGAUCUAGAGCGAAUUCUCAAUUCGCCUAAAAAGGCCAAAAAAGUUAAAGUAGUACAAAAGAAAGAAGCACCCUCACCUUCUGGCUCCCUUUAUGAUAACUCCAACCAGAACUUGGGUGAUUACGAAGAGGAUAAUCUCUCGUUUCUAGAAACAAACAUCAAGCCUUCGCAGUUAUUGCAAGGGCAAGCAGAAAAAAUCACUCUAACACCUCUGAAGGUUUUCAAGCCGAAAGCAUUGGAGAAUGCAGCACAAACCCAAUCCAGAAUCUUGCCUUCAGACGAAAGUUUGGUGGAGGUGCAAGCCCCUACUGAGGCAACUCAAGAACAAAAUGAACCUUCUGUUCAAGAGAUUGACAGUAAAGGGCCACAGGAGAUUAGUAUAAUUGGUCCCGAUUCGAGUGAAAAGCACCCUACAGAAAAGGAUAAUUCGGCCACGCCAAUAAUUUCUCCGCCUUCUGAUCACAAAACACCCUGCGCUAAAUUAUCGCCAGAAAAUAAUCUCGAAAUUCAAUCACCCCCUCGCAACAUUCCAGCAAUUAAAUUGGUGGCGAGAGAGAGUUUGGGAAAGGAGUUGAGUGCUGGAGAGCAUACCUCAAAUGGAAGAAGUAUGAAAGAAACUAGCAUGUCUGAGGCCAAAUCUCAACCAAGAGAGGAGUCGAAAACUCCAGAACUAGAAGACGCCACCACUACGAGCGGACUGCAACUCAAUGAAGAGGAAGAAGUAUUCAACAUUGACAGUAUAAUCCUUGAAAACUCACCAUUGAAAUUGGCAAAUGGACCACGACUCAGUGAGAAGAUCGAAAUGUUGAAACUCAAAACACCAGCAGAGGAUGCAAGUGCCGGUUCAACCUCGAUGCAAAAACUUCAUGGUGAAACCUCGUUAAAUAAUGAUUCACAGCAGAAUCUCAAUUCACAAAAAACAGAUGAUCUCAGCAUCAUCAAAGACACAGAGGAGGAUAUGGGAGAAAAACUUGCUAUAUCACCAUCCUCUUAUCGAGACUACCAGAAUGACUUGCAAGAAAUGGAUUUUGAAUUCGUUGACGAGCAUUCUAUAGGUAAAACUACUACCCCCUCCAAAGAAUUGGUCCAAUCAGAAAACCUGACUGCGCUGACCCCAAAAAUUGCAGGAGCUAGCUCAGAAAUGAAGAAGAGUGUUGAUUCUGCAAGUGAUACUGGCCUCAAAAUACAACUUGACGUCGAGAGGUCUGAUGCACCGGUAUCUGAGACGGUUAGCGUGGUUGCAGGAGACCCUAUUCAAAGAGAUAGCAGUGCCCAUGGUGACCAAAUUGAAGCAACGGAAAAACUCGAAACGAGCUACAAUACAAAGAAAUGUGCGCCUGAGGCACCAUUGGACGGCAAUUUGCUACAUAAUUCGGAGAAUUUUGCUCGAAAAAGAUCCAUUCACCUCGAAGAUGUGGAUAAAGUGCAAUCGAUGAUCAAAAAAGCAAAUGAGUCUGAAGAUGAAAAAGCAGCGCUAGCGAAGUCUUGGAGCCCUGAAUCGAAUGCUAAAGAGAAAUCUCCGUCGCCGCCAAGUCGACACAUUUACCAAAACAACGAAAUGGCGGACCUUGCCGCCCAAAAUCACACCAAAUCAGAAGCAAGCUUCUCAAGACUUUCGUUUGACAAUGUGGAGGCAAGUACACCUCACAAAGGAGAGUCUACAACUGCCAGCGCAAUAGAGACAUCCAAAAGUGCAAGGCCUCCAUUCCCACACAUAAACUUGGAAUUUGCCAAGUCACAAAUUAGAUUACUAGAGGAGGCAAUUGAACGCAUGAGCGAGCUUUCCGCAACUAAAUUCAAGCUACACAACGAUGCUGACGGCUAUUUAACCGAGUUUAUAGCCGCCAUGCCAGAGAAAGAGGAGAGCAUGUCAAUUCAGGACUGGAUCUUAGAAAAUUCAUUGACAUGCGAGCAGACUGUCAAAGCAAUAUCUGCUCUGAUUAUCGAUACAUAUCUCAAAGAUUUCGAUAAAUUGAUUGCAUAUUCGGAGGAGAUGGCCACUAUUGAUUAG